AUAUCGCUCAAGUAAUCACAACAAAUUUUGCAUAUUAAUCAUUAUAUAUCCUUCCUGCUAUUCACCAAAAAUGCCUCUUUCACUAACUAUCGAGAAAGAAUUUGCUCAAAACUCAGAAAGGGUUAAAUCUGUGGAUCAACAUCCAACUGAGCCAUGGAUUCUAGUAAGUUUGUAUUCAGGAACUCUUUGUAUCUGGAACUACCAGUCACAGACCAUGGAGAAGUCCUUCAAGGUCACUGAGUCACCAGUGAGGUCAGCCAAAUUUGUAGCACGUGAAAACUGGGUUGUAACUGCGGCUGAUGACAAGUACAUUCGCAUAUACAACUAUGACACGAUGAAAAAGAUCAAAGAAUAUGAAGCACACACAGACUUUAUCAGGAGUGUUGCUGUCCAUCCCACUCUACCAUAUCUGUUGUCAUGUUCUGAUGACAAGGUUAUAAAGCUUUGGGAUUGGGAGAAGGAUUGGUCAUGUACUCAGAUCUUCGAGGGGCAUUCACACUAUGUGAUGCAAGUGGCAUUUAAUCCGAAAGACACCAAUACUUUUGCUAGUGCAUCGCUUGAUGGCACCAUUAAGAUAUGGAACAUUGGUUCUCCUACAGCAGAGUUUACCUUAGAUGGCCACUCAAAAGGAGUUAAUUGUAUUGAUUACUUCAGUCGCAGGGAUAAACCAUAUCUAUUGAGUGGCUCAGAUGACUUUACUGCUAAGGUAUGGGACAUUGAAACCAAAAGUUGUGUGCAAACUCUAGAAGGUCAUGAGCACAAUGUAACAGCUGUAUGUGUUCAUGCUGAGCUUCCCAUAAUAAUUACAGUUUCUGAGGAUGGGAACAUUCACAUAUGGAAUGCAACCACUUUUUGGCUAGAGAACAAAUUGAACUAUGGUCUUGAAAGAGUAUGGGCCAUUGGACAGUUGAAAGGAUCAAACAAGGUUGCAUUUGGUUUUGACAAAGGAACCAUUAUGGUUAAAAUGAAUGGCUCUCAUACUUGGGAUUCUGUUGACCUCCAAGCUUAGAAGGAAAGGUGGAAGGAAUAAAGACAUUGAAUGCUGCGCGAUUUGUACUGUGUUCUCCGAAGUAAUUAGACUGAAGGAAUAAUUAAUUUCACUUAAAACUUGCUGCUCCUGCUGUUACUGUUGUAUGAUUUGCAAAUAAAACUGAUCUUUGUGUGUUUUGUAGUAUAUCCCAUGAGGGAACAUGUUGUAAGGAUCAAUCGAAAUGGAAUGUUAUAUGUGUUCUUUAACAAAUUA